AUAUUCAGAGUGGGAAACCUGAGAGAGAUUCUAAAGUUGAGGUUAAAGAAAUAGUAAAAGAGGAUGAGGAUGAGGAUGGGGGGGAUGGAGGAGUCAGAGCUUCUAAGAGAAUGCAAAGAUCUGUACCAGGACACCAUGGUGGAGUCAUCCAGCUACAGGAACCCACCAGAGAGAUGUCCCCGUCCUCUGUAUUCCCGGGAUUCCACACAGGAAGAUCACACCAUCCCUCUCACCAUCAUCAGAGUGGAAUCCCUCGGGGAUGAGAAUAUUGGUGUAUGAAAGAGGAAGAUGAGGAGUAAGGGAGUGAUGGAGGAGUUUUUCAGAAGGACACAAGGAUAAUGAUGGAGCCACCUCAAUACCAAUAACCCACCAGAGAGAUGUCCCCGUCCUCUGUAUUCCUGGGAUUCCACACAGAACAUCACACCAUCCCUCCCCAUUACAAGGUUGGGCCAGCAAUGGUUCAUAUAUUGAACCCGGGGGCCGGACCAAGAGUAGAUGAAUGAUGUGUAUGUCA